AUGAAAAUCCUAUGGGAAAGUGAUUGGCAGGGCUCACGCAUCGAGCAGGCCAUCACCCAUUUGUCAUGGCUCGAACAGCCAGACAAACCCGAUCAUGGAAUGUUGGGUGUUGGCACCGAGACUGGAUCUGUUGGUGUCACUUUUACCGAUUUUCGCCCGACGCCUGAUGAUUUAACCAGAUACAACUUCAAUCUCCGCGGGCAUCACAACACGAUCCGAAUAGUGACCUGGAACAAAGCUCACUCCAAACUUGCCUCUUGUGAUGCUUCUGGAAUCAUCUAUGUCUGGGUUCGAAAUGACGAUCGUUGGUCCGUAGAACUCGUCAAUGAUCGUGGUGUCAAAGUUGUUGAUCUAGCAUGGAGUCCGUGUGGCGGAAGUGCUUUAAUCUGUUACGAAGACAAUUUCGUGCUCAUCGGAAGUGCCAACGGCCAGCGAGUGUGGAGCAAUUCGUUUCCCGGAUCCUCAAAUGUUACCUGUGGAGUAUGGGCGCCGGAUUCAAAGCAACUCGUUCUUGGAUUCACUUCCGGAACGAUUCAAGUGUUGUCCAAUCAGGGUGCAAAUAUCACAGAGCGAAGUUUCACAGAAGACAAGUUGAUGCAAAUGGCAUUUUCAACGUUGAGAAAUGCAGGAACUAAAGAGGAAGAAUGGACAUUGGCCAUGUUAACUGCAUCUAACAAGAUUAUCAUGAUCAAUGCAUUCGAUCAAAUCAAUUCGGAUGUCUAUCGAUCGCCAUUCUAUAUUUAUAAAAUGCAAUGGAAUCCGGAUGGAACAAUUCUUGCCGUGAUCAAUUCCAACGAUGAACUUGUCUUUCUAGACAUCCACUGUCGAGUUAUUCAUAAGGAUCGUCUGACUAUUGAGCAAUGGCACAACAAGACGCUGGUCACACCGCCCAUGUGCAAUCCAAAACUAUCGGCAUUCACAUGGGCCCAUCAGGGAAAUGUAGUGAUUCUGGCUGCUGGUGGAACCAUGUUCUGUGGACGAAUCCUUUUUGGUGUUCCUAGUCUCUUUGAACUUGUCACUUAUGGAAUGUGGAAAAUGAUGGGAAGCUCGGCGAAAGAUGUGGAUAAGUUGCCGAUUCCGUUGAAGGAGAUGAAUGCUGUUAGAGAGUUGGAUCAUCAUGUUGUACGGUGUCGAAUCCCGCGUCCCGAAGAGAUUUGUGACUACGUCUGCAGUGUCGUCGAUGCCCGUUGCUACUGUACCAUCCGCCCGAUGGCUCGUGGCAGUCACACCUAUGUGCUAUGUUUUGAGCACAUGGGCGGUCUGGUGCCGUUGUUGGUUGGAAGGCAGGUGAAUCGGUUUUUACCUCAAUUUCAAAUUACGAUGCAUCACUGGGACCCAUAUCCAACGCUGAAGUUUCAUAUCGGACCUGGAGGAUCCGCUCAAGUUGAAGACGUCAACGGUACAAUUAUCCCAUCGACCAAUCGGAAUUCGUUGUGGCGGAGGAGUAAACGGCAGAUUCGAGCAUUGAUGACGAGAGUUGUCUACACCGGACGAACAAGACCGAUUCAAUGGACCACUUUACCCGGUCGUCCUCGGAAACCGGACACCCGUCUGAUCCAAGUGAACUCAAAUGUCUGGUGCACCCGAUUCAACAUCUCCUCACUGUCUCCCAAUCUUCUCCCUAACUUUUUGGGUCAAGUCAUCUACAAAACCUCCGUUCUACAUCUUCAACCCCGUCAGAUGACUAUCGAUUUGGCAGUGCUAAAAAAAGACAAAACCGGAGCUACACGGAAACUUCCAGAAAUGACAGAAUCCACGACAACUCACAUGACGUCAUCUGGAGGCGAGGGGUUGACAUCUGAAGAGCGUCAAUUCUUCGAGAAGAUUCUUCUAGAAUGCCUCUCGCUUCGCGCGGCAAUCAACUCGUCAAAUUUUGGAAAAUCCGAAGAACCUCUUCCCCUUCCUUCAACGUCUUCUUCAACACGUGCCGUUCGAGAAUCCACGUCAUCAACUCAAACAACGCCAAUCUCAACCAGAACACUGGAGUCUUCAUCCAAGCACGAUGUGACUAGUAUGACGAGUUCUGCUUCCACGUGGCAUGAGGAAAUUGAAACCUUGGCUUUUAUCGAUGGAGAUCAGACUGACGAUCGGACCCUUUUAGUGGAACGACCGGCCUUGAAGAGUGGAUUUGCGGCGAUGGAGAUGCAGGCGAGCAAGAAGGAUGCGGAGGUGAUUCGAGCCAAUGUUGAUAAGCUGGCGUCGAUUGCCGAACAGCUCAGCAAGAGACAUGGGGAUUUUGAUGUGAAACGCGACAAACGAGACGUUAAAGAAAUGCGAGCCCAGAUGAAAAAUCUGCUGAAGCGAGUGAACGAUAUCGAGCAAAAAGUGACGGCUGGCGAUGUGAAAACUGAAGUUCGUCAGCUAUUGGCAACGCUGAAAGAAAUGAAAAAAGCGCUUGGCGAGGGCGUACCGAAGAGUGGAAAACAUCCGAAUUCGAAUUGUAAAAUCGAGACGAUGACCAACAAGACGCCGUUUUGGAACGAGCAAAAUCAAGUGUAUCAGUUGGAUUUUGGCGGAAGAGUCACUCAGGAAUCGGCAAAAAAUUUCCAGAUCGAGCUGGACACAAAACAAGUUCUGCAAUUUGGCAGAAUCGAAGGCGGCGCCUAUACACUCGACUUCCGAUAUCCAUUCUCAGCGGCUCAAGCGUUUGCCGUAGCCCUGGCCAGUAUCACUCAACGGCUCAAAUAA